GAAAUUCAGGCGCCGCGAGAUGGCAAUGGCAAUCCACCGGUCCCAUCCUUAUAAUGCUGGAACUCCUAGCAAAAGUGUAAGUUUCUAGCCGGAUCUAUUUUUCCCACAUCCCAGUUUUGCCGCGGCACCACUUUCAAUUGGACUCGGCUUAGUUCCACUUCCGGUCGGAGUAGCGCGUCUGCUGGGCGGAUCCUUUCAGUAACGGUUUGAGCAGAGCGGAAAAUGGCGGCAGAGACGGAGGCUUUGCCUUCGGCGACGCCCCUCUGUUCCUCGCCAGGCCGGGACCCCCGCGUGCGGUGCCGCUCGCGCCGCUGGACGGCGGAGUUGAUGGGCCACUGCUCAUCUUACGUGCGCGCGCUCGGGGACGAGCAGCCGGUUGAGGCCGAGAGCCUGAAAUGGGCUCUCAGCGAAGCCGUCUGGAACUUUGAAACAGCUGUACAAGAGAACAUCAGUAUUAAGGGACAGCCAUGGCAGGAGUCAUCAGAUGAUCUUCAGAAUGGUGCUGACAUCAGACUCCUUGAGGAUCAGCUUGAUGAAUUAAUAGUGGAAGUGGCUUCCAAGCGUAAUCAGCGUCCCAGAAAAAUACAAGCUCAUGUCGUCAAAGGCAUUAAAGCACAGCAAGAAAUGUUGGGCUUCUAUCAACCUGUUGUCAAACCUCAAGAGACAAAAGCAAUGCCUUCUCAAGAUUCUCAUAUGGCAAAUCUGAGGCUUUCAGCAGAAGCAGCAUCCAGCCAUAUUGGAAAUUCAUUUAAGUCUAUGACAUCUCUUCUGGGAAAAGCAGAAGGUUUCUCCAUGGCGUUAUCUUUGCAGCCUACCUUGGAACUGUGCAAAAUCCGCCAAGAAGUCUUUUCCAGCUCUGAAGUGAAAGCAGAGAAUCAAACUAAAGGCAGAAACCUUAUGGAACAAGUAGAAGUCAGAUCCCCAGAGACUACUACCAGCAGUUCAGUUACAUUGAAAAUAAAGAGACCAUUGCAUUCACCACAGAAAAUGUACCCACUACGACAAAGGAAAAUUGGUUUGGACGCAUGAACCAUUUUUCUGCUGUCAAGCAUACCUGUCAGCUUUGAGAGAACUGUUUAAUUGGACCUUUAUAUGAAUACAUGAUUUUUCCUUUUCACAUUUGCAGGGGAAUGUUUUGACUCUUUGAACUUGUCUGCCAUAUAAAAGAGUCUGAGCUGUCUGCAGAAGCAUUGGUAGUUGCAUCCUCUGCACACAAUAUGACUUGAUCAAUUUUGUCUGGUAGUUACUGAGGUUCUAGUUGGGUCCUUUGCCAGAUGGAUGCACAUUUUCCCUUUUAAUAGGCAGUUUGACUAGCUUAGUAGGCAGUUUGACUGCUUUAAAAAAACAGUUUGGCAUGUGCCAUCAGUUACACUCUCCUGCAGAGUAGUGUAGGCAAAAACUGAUUUGCUUCAGUUCAUUUUGGCCAUACGUGUGCAAAGAUGUGUAUGUAAACCAGUGGUUUGGAGGUACUGCUUUUGAUAUGGCACUGCCUGCUUGGGUGACUGCUUUUCUCAAAAUGCCUAGAAUGCCUAUUCAGCCUGUAUAUUUGUAAAUAUCCAAAUUAUUACAAAAGCACUGUAAGUCUCCAGUGCUUUCUUCUCAAAAGCCAUGCACUGUAAAGGCUACCCUUGACUUCACUUCCACCUUUGGUGAACAUGAAACAAUACAUGUAAUUAUAAUCUAUGAGUAACACACUUGUUUAUGAACAUCCAAAAUCAAUGCUAUUAGUAUGACUUAUUUUCCAUUUUAGUAAUUAAAAUUUAUUGUGUAUCAUUUAUUCCUGAAAAUGCAAACUUUAAAAAAGAGUAUUUUUAAAGAAUAACCUUAAUUAUUGUUUCUUAGAAGUAUUUUUCUUCAUUAAACAGCCAUAAGGAGAAAAGGAAAACAAGUGAAAGACUGUUACUCUGUCCUUGAAAUUCCAUAUUUAAAAUGUGCAUCAACAAAGUAAGCAUGCAUUAUGAAUGUGUAAAUAUGUAUUUUGUCUUUGUAAAAUCUAUUUUUGUACAUAAAAACACUUCUUUUGUAUACAGUAAAACUAAUUGAUAAAA